AGUUGUCAACGUGAUUAUAACAAUGCGACAGAGCGGAUUCUUUCAACUGCAAACGCCUGUCCCUUUACUGCCAUACAACGACAACGAUAAACUGUUGAAGGAAUAUGAGGUCCACAAUACUUUCGUGGAUUUCCGAGGUCCCAGACCACUCUCCAACCAACAUUCGACGGCUCCAGCAGCUGUAUUCCGUACAACGAGGAUGUUUAGUUCACCACUAAUACCGUCUCCCCCUCCAAUCAUAGGCCCCCCACCAUCACCCAAUAGGGCCAUAACUCAGUCACCAUUCAACUGGGCUGAUGAGGUGCCCGGAGAAUCAACUGCAUCCUUUGCAAUGCCACCAACCCCGCCAAGUGCCGCAACAGCACCUACGGUUGCUAUGGGUGAUUGGUCACCAUUCGUCGUCUCUAGAUCACGAUGGACUCCACCCAAGAGAGACCUACCCGAAUCAACUCCUGAACUGCGGUAUGCGGUACCUUCAGCAUCAUCAUGGGUCACGACACAGUAUAAGAGACAGAAGCCUCCACCACCGGAACUUCGUGAUAUCUCCCCGGGGCCGCCGCCUGUACGAGCCUCGUGUAUGGUAGUAUCAUCACCAACAGUGUUUAAUGCAACUACAAGCUGCUCGCCUAUUGGGCCACCAGCCGUUAUCGAUUGGAGUGUCGAAUCGAUAUAUUCUCCAGCAUCUUUGAAGUGGGAUGAUGGAGACAUGAAUGGGGUCCGGGGACGACAUUCGUUUUAUCCACCGCGUAGACGUCUGUUCCAGCAGAUCGGCCCUGCUACAGGGACAAUACUGGAAGACGUAUCACCAUCGGUAUGCAGCCCUGUAUGGAAUGGUGAUGGUGUGAGGUGUGCUGGUAUACCACCAUAUAGCCCUUCGGCAAUAUCUGCCAACACCACCUCACCCGCUUCUAUGCCGGUUUACCAUCCUUCUACCAAUACUGAACAAGAUGACUAUCUUCGCUACUCGGCCUGGACCGUCAUAUGGAUAGAUGAAGUAGCAUUCAAGAGUGAUUCUAAGGUUAAGAAGGAUUCAUUAGCAGAGAAAUUCAAGAUAACGGUGAAGGCAUAUAAGUCCUCAGAGAAAUGCAUUCGUGCAUUCGAGAAGCGUUGUAACAAGAGGCCACCAGCCCGUGGUCAGAAGCAGAUGAUUGUAGUAAGUGAGAGUAAUGCCAUGGAGCUCUUAGACUAUCUUCAUAAGGGCAGGGAGUGGCUUGCGCCGAAGCUUUUCAUAUUGGGGCCCACCAGCAGCCAAUUGAGGAGGAAGAGUAGGUUGAUUACGGCAACCGUACGGAACUGGGGCCAGCUCAUAGGUCUUAUCGGCCGAACAUUGCGAGAGGCUUCGUAAUAGUAGUGGGCUGCUUUAAAUUAAUGCAUGCGUACGCCUUAAGAUGUCGACGCCUGCUUGUGCUAUCGUCACCAUUACUUUCAUCAUUAAGUCAUCACCGUUCUGCUGUCUGGGUGCAUGCUAAUAUCGUCGGUAAUGGCCCCUAGUAACUUCUGAUCCAGUC